CAAAAGUGUGACAUUAACACUUUGCUUCGGCUCGUGUCCACACACUACCCUGCACUACUGUAGCUCAGUUGCCUCCCUCCAGUGAAAGAUGACAGAGAGGGCCCCAUGGUGGAAGGCAUUCCUGCCAAAGAAGAAGAGUGGAGGCCCCAAGGACACCAAUGCACCCCACACCCUUGACCACGACUUUGACCCUUUUGCACAACAGCCCGAGAGGCAAAAAGACCCUGCAGACUCCAAGAGCACCGGCGACCAGACCCUGUCUCAACAAGAGUCCAACAAAAGCUCCAGCUUCGUCAACGAGGACACCUAUGACGACUCCCGCCUGGAGUCGGUCUUUAACGAGCAGACGUGUCGCAGGAACAUGAAGGUGUCACGCUCGGGUCGAUUUAAGGAGAAGCGGAGGGUGCGUUCGAGCCUUCCUAUACAGGAGAAAGAGACAUAG